AUGAUUGAAGGUUCUAGAUUCUCAAGAAACUUCGACUUAGAGACUAUUGCUGCGCAAUAUUCGUUCCAGAAUAUAAACAAAGUUGAUCAUCAUCCAUUACCAGAUAAACUAGUAGGAAUCAAAAAUAUAGUCCUUCUUGUCGAUACUACUUCUAAUGACAAUUUAGAUGAUCUAAUCAUUCAACCUAUUCCAACUGAAGGCAUUGAGUAUGAAGAAACCUCCCAAUUCUUAUUUGAACAAGGUCAUAAGUUCGAUGACGCUUCCAAUCCAUUGACUAUCACAUUACAAUUCAAAUUAGGUCUUGAAGAUGAUGGAACAUCAAUGAAUGAUUUAUUAUUGCGGGCCAAUUUCCUUACUCGAUUAGGAUUCUUCAAAUUCAAAGUGUAUAUCUUCAAAGUAAUGACAGAUAAGAAAAAGGAUAAAUUUAUAAUGCCACCUUUACACUAUUUUACACAAUUGAAAUGUGUAGGUUUCAGGUUUGAUACAGAUAUCUUCCCAGUUAUAGAAUAUCUGAUACCAGAGUAUCUUAGAUUCGAUGAGAUGGUGGCAGAUUACUUUGACAAAGUCUGCAAUCAUAUGCCCCUAAAUAUUGACUGGUUAGGAGAAGAACUUGAAGAAUUACAUUUGGGACAAAAGCUAAGAGUUAGCAACGAGAAAUUUUGCAACAGGAGGUUUCCUAAGUUAACAACUCUUGGAGUUGAAUGUUAUGAUAUCAUCACAAUGCACAAUUUUGAAAUCUUGCUUAAAAAUCAUGGUGAUAUUAUUCGUAAUUUAACCUUAAGAGAUCUGAUGUUUAGACAAUUCCAAUAUCUUAAGAGCAUAGAAAGGUUUAUUUUAAUAGCUCAUCAUGCGGGGGAAGCAUCGGCAAGUUGUAAUAAAUUUACCACAGAUUCACUCAAAGAGAUACACAUGUAUGGAUUUAGGUUUCCAGUUACUGAAACAACUUUUGUAAAAGAGAAAAACUUGAAAAAAUUCUUUUACCUGAUUUUUUAUGAGGAGGAAUAUCAAAUACAUUCCUUAGAAGAAGAUGAAAUCGAACUCUUAAAAUCUAAAGGAAUUGAAACAAUAGAAGUUCCAUUCUUACCCUAUCAUAAAGUGGCUGACAUGUUUCACUUUUUGAAAACAGUAGUGACAAAAAUUCCUGUGCUACUCAAUUUUGAUAUUGACAACGAAAAAUUGCGUCGUAACGAAUUUAACAAUUUAGGUAAUUCAACAUAA